AAAUUUCAAUAUCUUAUCAAAGAGAGAAAGCAAAUUAAUUAAACUAUGAUGAUGAGCAAAUGUGUCGUGGGUUCAAUUCUGUUUUUCAUGUUGAUCGGUUCGGUUUUUGUUGAGAGUCGUCCACUUGGUCUAACAAUGACAGAAGAGAAAAAGCUCGUGGCUGGUUUCUUCGAUGGCUUAUCACUUGGUUCGAUCAAAGAAUCUGGUCCGAGUCCAGGAGGCAAGGGUCAUAAUUUCAUAAACCGAAGCGACACGUUUCGAUUUGAAAAGCAAUCCGGUCCUAGCUCAAGCGGUCCCGGUCACAAAUAAUCAAUUCGUUAGCUCAAACCGGACCAGUUUUAAAUACACAUCCCCUUGUCUAGGUCUAAAAAUUAUUUCAUUUUUUUGUUACAAUUUUUUGUUACAAAGGAAGAAGAGUGGGAAAACUCAAGAAUUAAUUGUCUCAUUCCUAUCAAUAGGAUUAUUGUUUCUUAGUUAUUUGAUUCAUAACGUACAAUGUCAUAAUAAACAGCAAUGUAAUAAUAAACAUUAAUGUACACAAAGUGAAUAUGAUUAUUCUUUCCAA